AUGUCGCAGUUUUUCAGGCGGUUGGCGAAACUCAAAGGCCCCGCCUCUACAAGAGAUAGCGAUCCUGGACGAGGGGGCGGCCCUUCAAUAGAGAACGGCCCUGUUGUCAAAGUCAGAAGCUUAGAAUCUUUUACACGGCUGCAUCUCAUUGAGGAUGCGGAAUCAAAGGACAGCUAUAGAUAUCAUUUGCACCCCAUGACGCCUGCGCUCUUCCACUUUUGCGCUGAGGAUAGAGAUGACACUGAAGAGCAUAGUGAGAGCGCAGAAAGCAUGAAACAAUUCAUGCUUUCUAGAAUCUCUGUUCCAGAGGAGAUACGGUUCGAGGUUUCACGUUGCAUGAGAAUAUCUGGAGAGCAGACGGGGAAUGAUUCUCAGUUCUGGAUUGAGUUUCCUGAUGGUGAUAGCGGGGGUGCGGGUGUUGUGGUGGUUACUGUCUUGUUGACAGUUGAUUCCAUAAAUGCAACAUGCGAUAUGUAUGUGCCAUUUAUGGACCACAUUCCCGAUGAGCCCAAAACUUCGAAGGAAUCACCUAAUAAGACGGGUGUUUGGAGGCCUGGGGAAAGCAGUGUGGCAGGAGGAGUGGAUGAUGGCGCCCGGCCUCCCUACACGGAGAACGAGGAAAGGCUUCCUUCAUAUUCCGAUAUCCAUAUCGGCUCAGGUUACCCGCAGCUACAAGCUGAGUCCUCCGCUGCUACUGCCGCCGUCUCUUCUUCCAAAGCGGCGUUGAUGUUCUCUCCAACGCAACAACUGCCGCCACCGCUAUCCUAUCCUGAGACGGGGCCUUCAAAGCACCAACUCUCCACUUCCAUUCAACAAAAACAUGCCGUUCCCGAGCUUGAACAUGUGACGUUUACAUGGGAGCAAGUAUCCCCUCUCGCCCGCUUCAAACUUUUUUCCAGCUCCAAGUCUAUGUAUGAUCGUACAAAUAUUCUCCUCGCAGAGUUUAUCCUCGAGACCUCAAGGAAGAAUAUAGAGCAAGGUAUUAAGGGCCAACUUAUUUUCCGAAAAGGCUACGGGAGCGAAUGGGAACGGUGGGUUUUAUGCACGUUGGGAAUAUUAGUUAAUGCGAGAGGGUGA